UUGUUUGGUUUUCUUUUUCUUCUUCUUUUGUCAGAAAAUACCAACGUGAGGAAGAGCCACAAAUUCUGUGCAUUCUUCCGAAGAAGAUGGAAAGCUGUGAAAAAAAUUCUCCAGAAAAACAGAGUGGUGCCUAUUGGGAUCUCAGCACAGCCUGUUCCAGAAACAUUGUGUGUCCCAGGUCCAAGCGUUCCUAAACCAGAACUUCAGAUGGAUCUGGUUGAUGCAGAACAAUUGUGUGUCCCAGGUCCAAUCUGUCCUAAAACAGAACACCAAGUGAAAACAGAGCUUUCAAUAUUACAAAUGUAUAUCCCACAAAGCGUGAUCCAACUUCAGGAUCGCCUGGAGCAAUGUACACUGGACUGGACGCCUAUCACUGAGGUCUGGUGCAAUGUCUUCAUUGGAAAUGAGGAGACAGCAAAGGACCGAGCAAAACUGAAAGAGAUGGGUAUUACCCACAUCCUGAACGCUACAGCAAGUGAGGAAGAUCUUCAUGGAAAGAUCAGUUCAAGGGAGGAAUAUUACCGAGGCAUGAACAUCACUUACUACAAUGUGCCUGCAGUGGAUGAAGUCUGGUUUGACAUCAGCGAGUACUUAUUCCCAGCUGCAGAAUUCAUCCACAAGGCCAUAAGUAACCCAGAGAAUAAGGUGUUGGUGCACUGCAUACAUGGUGUCAGCCGCUCCUCCACACUUGUUCUGGCAUACCUGAUGAUCCACCAUAACAUGAUGGUGGAGGAUGCCAUUGACCAUGUCACAGAUGUGAGAUGGAUUGGGCCCAACAUGUGCUUUUUGAAUCAGCUGACAGUCCUCAAUUCAGACCUCUUAAUGCAGCGAAAACUACAACUAACAAAGCAGUUAGGCAAAUAUUAAAAACAAGGUGAAGCCUGUUCCAGAGCCAUCGUGUAGAAAAAUAUGCACUGGACUGCACACCUGUCACUGAGGUCUGGCCCAAUGUCUUCAUAGGAAAUG